AUGGAAUCAAUUCCAGCCCACGGGUAUAGUAAUUUGGCUGAAAGCAUGCCUAAAAGAGUUCGAUUGAGUACUGACGAGGCCAUCAGUGGCUUAACUUCGGAGAUCGGACGGGUUCCGGUGCUUUUCACUGUGUAUGGCCGUAGUUAA